AAGUAUGUCGGUUGUCAAUGUCCAGUGUAGUAUAUCAGUAGAGCUGUACGAGUGACUGAGACUAGCAGGGCAAGAGCACCUACAUACCCGUCACGCCUCCUCGGGGAUCCCUCACAGCGGACCCACACACUCGUCGGUUGGACCACAUGGAACGGACGUAUGCAUACAACAUGGCAACCACGCAUACCGGCAUCAUGCCUGAGCUGAUCGGCGGUGUCCACAUGUCCACAGGACUAACACUGGACGCCAUCGCCUGCAAGGAAGAAGACGCUGUGGUAGUUGACUACAUUCUCAAAGCGUCCACCUCCAGCAGUGAUGCCCAGUAUCCACCGGACAUCAAGAGUGGGUUUGAAGAGCUAUGCCCGGUGUGCGGUGACAAGGUGUCAGGCUACCACUAUGGCCUGCUUACCUGUGAGAGUUGUAAAGGUUUCUUCAAGAGAACAGUCCAAAACAAGAAAGUGUAUUCCUGUGUAGAUAAUAGAAGCUGCCAAAUCGAUAAGAGUCAACGAAAAAGAUGUCCAUAUUGCAGAUUUCAGAAAUGUCUCAGUGUGGGCAUGAAGUUAGAAGCUGUGAGAUCAGACAGAAUGCGAGGAGGGAGAAACAAGUUUGGUCCAAUGUACAAGCGAGACAGAGCCUUAAAGCAGCAAGCUCUUCGCCAGCAGCAGCAGAUUGUGUCCCAUUGCCAGAUGAGACUCGCCAAUGGUAUGGCAGCGAUGCCUGGGUCCCCGGAAGACAUCAAGCCAGAUCCAGCUCUCUUAAACAUCUCUUACAGAAUAGAUUCACCCCCUGGAAGUAUGGGUGGUCAGACUAGCAUAACAUGUCCAUCUCCUCCUGUUGGUAACCAUAACAAUAACAGCAACAGCAACAACAGUAACAGCAACAGUAACCCAAUCAACACUGCCCAACAUACCUCGAGUCCACUGCCUCUAACCUCACAUCAUCGUGCUCUGUCACCUCUAAACUCUUAUCCUAUGUCAUCCUCCUACCCCUCAGUGAUGGACGCCUUGCGCACCUACCACCCAUCAACACCUCAGGUGUCCACAGCCAUCAUGCCUCCCCAGCUUGUGGCAGACCUAAAGUCAAGUAUGGCUGAAGAAGCGGAGGUCAAACACAAGCUAUUAUCAUUUCUACAGACAGAAUUUGGGCAGCUGGAUGUAGCAGGACACCCAGAGCAUUUCCUACAACUGAUGUGUAAGAUGACUGACCAGCUGCUCUUCCUCAUGGUGGAAUGGGCACGCAGCUGCUUCUUUUUCAAGGAACUCAAGGUGGAAGAUCAGAUGAAGCUUCUCCAAAACUCCUGGAGUGAAAUACUUAUAUUGGACCUAGUAUUCCGUCAAGUCAGCGAGUCUUGGUCUAGUGACAUUAUUCUGGCCAGUGGCCAUAGGAUUGGCUUCGAUGUGCUGGACAAACUGGGCUUGAGUGAUGUCAAGGCUCGAAUUUAUGAACUCAUAAAAAAGGCAAAGGACCUUAAGAUUGAUGUCUAUGAAUAUGCGUGCCUUAAAUUUCUGAUUUUGCUCAAUCCAGAUGUGUCAGGAUUGGAAAACCGUCACUAUGUCGAGCAGAGCCAGGAAAAAGUAAAUGCUGCACUCCUUGAAUAUUGCCUUAAUUUCUACCCAGAAAUGAAGGACAAAUUUGGUCAAGUACUUUUGCGACUUCCUGAAAUCCGUCUCAUUAGUAUUCAAGGAGAGGAAUUUCUCUACUAUAAACAUCUGAGUGGAGAAGUGCCUGACCAAACCUUGCUCCUGGAGAUGCUUCACUCAAAGAAGAAAUAGCAGCUGGUUGUGAGGAAAGAGACAGAUAUUAUGUAGCAUGUGUGUGUGAUCAGUGCAUCAGUCAUCAGCUGAGAGACACUACAGCAAGCUAGCUCUGUACAUGACAUGUAUAUAAACUGGGAAGCAGGCAGACUGCCAUCAACUCUACGUAAACAGGGCAGACUGGAUGCAGAGCCUGGGACAUAGCAGCUUUUUGUUGAUGCUUAUAUCAUAGCCAGGAAAACUCAUUGAUGUAUACAAUAAGUAGUUCUACAGGUAUGACAGACUUGAGCAGAAGGGGCGAGCUGACAAUCAUUGUUGCUUCACAAUUAUAGGGGUGUACUUACACCAUGCAAGGUAACAUGUACAUGUACAUAUCUCAGAAGACAAAAUACUGAUGAUGACUAAGUGUGCAUCUCUCCAUCACAGCAAAUCUUUGUAGUUAUGUUUUGUUAUCAGUCUUUCAUUCAGAACUUGUGGUGACGUUUCUGUGUUGUACAAUCCUUGUAGUACAAGUAAAGACAGAUUGUAGUGCUCCAUUUAUAAUGCUUACUUGGCUGUCUUCAGUAAUGAUUAUGAAUGUUUUAGUCAUCUAGUCCCUCAUGCUAACUUAAACAAAAACAUGUUCAACUGAAACCACUGUGACCUGGAACAUUACUCAAUAUUUUACCCCAGAAUCAGAUCACAAGUCAUUUUCUUACAUAGGAGAGUUGUUUAUUUUUUGUCUUGAGUCGACCAUUGAAAAACAUGGUGAUGUGAUGUGAUGAAUGUUCAGUUUGGUUGAUGUUUACCAGUUGCAGCAUCUGCUGGUUUAGGUAUACUGAGAUCAGCACAAAGUAUUAGGUCAAGAAGAAUGAAUAUUGACAUGAAACAUAUCAAAAUACUCAAGUUACAACCAAAUGCUGAAGCAUGUAACAGCACUUUGACCUUUAAGUGUACACUAGUGAUGAACCAGUAGUGCAAGAAGAGUGAGUGGUGAGGCGUGUCUCACCGCCAUGCUGCACCGUGUCAGGGUUCAAACAUAUAUGCUUUGUUUUGCCCAUCAGGAUAUGAAUCAAGUUUGCAGAUACUUUAGUGUUGUUAGUAUUCUGUAGCUGUGAGGAUUACUGUAGCACGCCUCUGGAAGACUUGGAGCCGUAGAUCCACCAUGACCCACUUGUGGCAUGUGUGCAGCUUGCUGAUGGCAAGUGGAAGUCAUACGCCAAAAUAAACAAGGCAGCUAAACUUUGCAUCUUUGGCAGUGGACAAUAUUUAGGGUAGUUACACACACUUCACAUGUCCUUGUCUUAUAAGAGUGUUGUGGCUGAGUGUGUGAAACUUAACUACUGGCUACGUUACUUCUAUUACCCCUUCUGUAGGGCUCCAUAGCUGAACACAGGAUUACUACAGCGUUUCUGUAAAAGGUCAAACAGGAAUCUCUCCGAUAUAUAUGUAUAAGAAGGUAUAGCUAUACAGACAUUUCAACACAUACGUUUGUAAUAUGUGGCCUUGCUGUGUGGACUCUGAGGAAUGACACAGUCGUGCUUUCUGUCAGCCAUCAAGUAAGGAGUAUUGGUGUUGGAGCAUAGAGACAUCCCCAUUUCCACCUCUGUCAUCAGGAACCUACAAGUGCAUUGCCCAACAAGUGCUCUUAUUCACAUUUAUUGUAACUUGGGAUUUUACAAACCCUUUCAUCCAAUGCAUGUGCCUGCUUAAGGGACAGAUGUGUUAUUCCUUGGAUAUUUCUAGAUUGUUUUACACAUCCUAUAUGAAAUAAUGUAUGUGUAGCCAGAAAACACUGUCCAUCUAAUCUUGUAAAAUAAACACAUCUUCAUUCUUUAAAGGGGAAAGAGAGUAGUCCUUAUGAACAACUGUUGUCAUACAUACUCUAAUAACGAUUGUACAUCUUGAACAUGGGGUCAAUACAGGAGUCAUAGAAGGACAGUUUAGCUGAGAAUCAGGUAGAUAAAUAUUUGAAUGCUUGUUACUUUAUGGGGCUGGCAUUUGCUGGACAAAUGUAUGUUUGGUACAUUCAUUUCUUUUCACAAAUGGCUUUGCCCUUGAUGGAGAAGAGUGGGAAGAUCUGCUCCAUUUAUGUGAAUAUGCUAACCACACUAGCUUUGUAUAUUUGUAUUAAAGCCGGCUUUUGUAUAUAUAGUGUGAAAGCUUGUUGGCAACUUGUUGAUGUAUUGCUAUACACACUGGCCUCAAUGGUUAUUUCCUGGUAAUCAGCAGCUUACAGUGAAUGUGAUAUCUCUACUGACAUCAAUUCUUUUAGAACAAAAUAUUUAAUCUCUGUUAUGUGAAAACAGCUUCAAAACUACUGCUUGAUUUUUUAUUCUUGUGUUAUUGUCAUGUUAUAUUGAGUGAUUAUAAACUGUUAAAGAGUUCCUGUAUUUGGAAUACCAUGUAGCCAGAGAAUGGUUGAGCACUGUGUUAGAAUGAGGAAAUAAUCAUUGAGAAUGGCCUACCUUGUUGCAUGUCGAUCUCUCUUACUCUGGCAGGAAUUUCUACAUCAUUGCAGCAUAUGUGCUGUUGUAUGGUGCAUCAGAUUUGAAUAUAUAUAUAUAAAUAUUAUAUAUAUGGUCUUUGUAAUCAAAAUGUGAAUAUUGUAUUUCCCUAUGGCCAUGCAACAUGUCAGCAUGGUAUUCUGGAAGCUGUAUCAUGUUGGUGAGUGUUGCACAUACUUGUGUCGUGCUCCUCCUCCUCCAGCAGGGGAGAGGUUGCAUUGGGUGACGUUACACACGAUGCUGUCACCUGGCUGGUGCCAGCUGCCACAACACUCCAGGCGUGUCACAAAGUAUUACCAGUCAGGGACAUAUCUUGCCAGUUGAUCAGUGCAAAUACUGAAGCUAAAAGCUGAGAAGUGACAUUCAUCAUAAAGACUUGGAUAUGCUACCAGUUUCCAGGAAUUGUUAACGGUUGUCUUCAGUGGCAUCAUAAUAGCUAAUGGUUUGACACUCAGAGAUUAUUGUUUAGAUACUAAAUACUAUUCCAGAGGGUGCUUGUACUCCUCCUCUCUCUAUGACUGGUGACACCUGUAGAUUGAGGGGUAUGGCUGUCGUGUAAGCAGGGACAGGGAUGGAAGAGAUACAGGUGCAGAUGUGUCCUUGGAAACCUGGAGUCAGUGAUGGCUGCCAUCAUAAUGUGUUGGUUAUAUCAGAGUGGUUUUUCAGAUUGGUCAUCUUGAUUCUGUAGAGUGAAAGACACACUGACACAUGUUCACAAUACUCGACUGGAGCAUGAACAAGAGAACAUAUAGAAGACACCCUGAAACAAGAUUAGAGAUAGAAUAAAGACAGUUAUUUUCCCAGUUAAUACCGUAUCGUUAUAGGGUAACAUGGACAUUUUGAUAGAGAAGAGUAUGGGGUUAUGAUGUAAAUACUGUAAUCUCUGUCAGUCGCUCAUGUUCUUUGUUGUCACAUGGAAACCUGUGUAUCACUUCUCAGCUUUAAAUGUACUGUAAUGAAUUUGUGCUGACAUGUGAAAUUCCACGUGAACUGUGAUAAUGGAGAUGUCGUGAAAAAUAAACUGGCCAAUCAAAGCUAA